CUCUUUAAAUACGUGCAGUGCGUACGCGGUGUGGGUUUGUGUUGCUACUCUAUUUGACAGCUCGACUGUUCUGUUCCUGCGCAUUACCAUUACAGACCGUCCGACACCGACGGUGGGAGGGGGACACAUUUUCUCUUGCGUUGACAGCACUGGAUAUUAUAAAUGUGCGGUUUUAUUUAGCUUGCUAAAGAUUCACGAAACGGACGCCAUGUACCGAUCAACUCAGGUUUGAUUGUGGAAGAUGCUCGGACCUGAAGACUGGUGCUGGAAUUACGAAGACAUGAUGUAGCCAUUGAGCUGGUGUUCUGUAGCUAGUCAGCGUCCAAAGACGGCGUUUCUCAUCUGUUCGAGUUCCAACCUUCGCGAGUCAAGAUUUUCAACCCUUCGUAAAAAUGAGAUUUAAGUGAUUAGGGAGAUGACGACUUUCCAGGACGUGAGCUGGCUGGUUCAGGUGGCGCUCUUCUGCGCGUCACUGCUGGUUGUACUAGCCUGGCUAGUUCAGUUCUCACUGGCGUUGCUUCGCCCUAGGUGGUGCGCCAGGGUCCAGGGCAAGAGGGAGACCCCGUGGCAGUUGCCCUUGAGUCUCACCCACCAGACACUGACGGGCGGGGUGUGGGGUUCCCUCCUGAGGCUGAGGCUGGGGCGAGAUGGGGCAGGGAGUGACACGGAGGCAGGGGUCAAGGGUCUUUUGUCCUCGCUCUUUGCGUUCAAGUCGUUCAGGGAGCACUGGCAGAGAGCCUGGGUGCGGGCACUCAACGAACAGGCCUGCAGGCAAGGGAGCUCCAUUCAAAUCACCUUUGAUGACAGUCUCCAGCUCCCAAGUUCUGCAUCCAUUGACCGUGUGACUUGCACCGACCAAUCAGUGCGCAGCAUGGUCCUGCAGUGCAAUUGUUCGGUCAACACCGUAACGUUCCCCGUGACUGUCACUCAGCAGUCACCUGCAGCUGUUUCCAUGGAUACCUACCAGAUCACGAUGAAGCCCAUGCAAGCCCAGUUGCAGGUCUGUCUUGAGGAAGUGGAGGAAGAGGGUCUCCUUGUGUCCUGGACUUUUUCCAAGCAACCUCAUCUCUCUUUAACCGUAAAAUCAUGCCAAAGAGUCCAGAAAGAGGGCUCUGAUGGAGAGGUGGACAGUGAUAUGAUUGCAGCUCUGGUGGAGGACACACUGUACACAACACACCCUGCCAUGAUCCUCAACCUAAGGGCCUGUGUAUCAAGUCCUGCGUUUCCCAGGGAGAAGCAGAUCGGUGGUCUGAACUCUCCAUCUCAGAGCACGCCUGUACGGCGGAUUUUGGUGCACCAACUCAAAGCAACCGAUGUCAAGAAAGGAUGUCAGACUCAUCUAGGAGAGCUCUGUUGUGUGCUGAGUCUGGACACUCCUUCCAUUGAACGAAGAACCCGCUUCCUUACUCCUUCCCCCAGUCCUGGAGCGACCCUGCACUGGACUGAUGACUUUACACUGGAUGUAGGACCAGAAACCAAAGAACUCAAAGUAAGACUUGUGGAGAAAAACAGCAAAGGAGAACAGUUUCUGCCUGGUCGUGCUUCCUUACCACUGGAUCUCUCUAAAAGAAUUCCUAAUGGCCAACACAAACUGUCCAUCGCUCCGGGUCAUGGUCUGGCUCCAACUGCUAUUGUAACAUUAGAGCUGUUGUAUUUGGAGUCCAGUGAUUUGCGUGCAUGUCAGAACGCGACUCCUCUGCGGUCCUCGGUCACUCCCUCGAAGAAGGUGGACGUGGACCGCACCAUCAUGCCCGAUGGCACCAUUGUCACCACAGUAACCACCAUCCAGUCACGGCUAAAACUGGACCGCAAACUAGGAGACUCUCCGUCUACUUCUCCCUCAAAGGUGGAGGUGACUGAAAAGACUCCCAGCGUGCUCACAAACAGCUUGCAGAGCACCAGCACCAGUGCCAGUCCCACCCCCAGCACAGAAGGCACCCUCCCUAAUGGGCUGGAUCCCGUAGCAGAAACGGCCAUUCGGCAGCUGACCGAGUCGGCCAGUAAGGUACCCAAGAAGACGCCUACAAAACGCAGCACUCUCAUCAUAUCUGGGGUGUCAAAGGUCCCCAUUACUGAGGAUGACUCAGCCUUAUCAGUUGGCUAUGCUGCAGCCAUGGACGCAGCCCUACAGGGGGCGCAUUCUCCCAGCGGACCCCCGAACCACCAAGGAACAUCCGCACAUCAGGAAGCAGAUGAGACCACACCGUCUGACGCGUCAGAGCGACCGUCCGUGGAUGACGUGGAGUCCGAGACGGGAUCGACAGGAGCGCUGGAGACUCGUAGUCUCAAGGACCACAAAGUGGGAUUCCUCCGCAGUGGCACCAAGCUACUAUUCCGAAGGAAAAACAGAGAAAAAGACCCCAGUUUCAGUCAGUCCCAUGAGGAUGUUUCCAACCUGGGCAAUGAGUCCUCCACAGCCUCCUGCUCCUCCACCAGCCGUAAGAAGUCUGGAAGCUUCUCCCGCCGUCUCAUCAAACGCUUCUCGUUCCGCUCGUCCAAGACUAAGGGCAAAUCUAGCACAGCCAAUGGAGGGUCCAGCACUACAGAUAACUAAUACAAGAAAUACAGAGGACGUAAGAGCGAGAAAGAGACGGUGCAGGCACCAGUCAAAGGCGUGUGAAAAGUUAUUUAUGUUAUAUACUGAUUGUCCACAAACUUUGGGGGGUAACGUCAUUCAGACCAUACUGUACCCAGGAAGCCAGCCUUGCUUUGGUGUUCUCUUGCCUGGAACGUCCUCCUUCACCUACGAUUACAGCUUUUCAGGAUGGAAAACGCCAUUAAAUGUGGAAAAUAAAAGGAUUUGACCAUUUAUGGAUGCAUUGUUAAUCUAAUUAAUUUGGUAAAACGGGGGGGAAAGGCUGCUUUGUGGAUGAUUAUGAACGAACAAACUCGAGAAACUCAAAAUGGACGGGAGUGUCAUGCGGUUAUUGAGCACAAGGGGGCGACAUAGACAAUGACUUGAUGCCUCCAACACUGUCGCUAUGUGUUGUUUUUCUUAUUUAUUUUACUUCAUCAGUUGCACUUUGAAUCUUAAUCUGAUUGUUUACAAUGCGGGGAGCUCUUUUUCUGUCGUUUUUUGUUUUUUUUUAUCAUGUUUGUGUAUCGUUUACUGUUAUCGGCGCUGAUUUAUUUCUCCUGAGCUCAUUAGGAGUAUUUCAUGAGUGAUAUGCUAAGACAUGCUGUGAACUUUGUUCUCGUUUUGCUGUUUCUAUAGCAUUAGAUCAAGGGAUAAUAUGCCCUGUUUUCAAAUAGUGGUACGUUUGACUUUCAUUGUGGCUUAAUAAUCUUUUAUAAUUAUGUUUUUUAUUUGUUUUAGGAAACGGAAACGUUCAUAAGUUACUGUAGGCAUAUCUCACUAAAUGACGUUUGUGUGUUUUGGUUGUAAAGUAUGAGACCUUCAUAUGACAAAAGGGAUACACUACAGGAAAAAAAAAAUGCAUUUGUUUGUGUAUAUUUAUAAAUUAUUCCACAAAUUAUUGUAAAUCUACAACCUCUUGAGCUACAUCAGGCUGAAUCUGCAGUGGGAAAAGUGCUUUUUCAGGGUCCAAGUGAAAACAAACCUCAGGGGAUACUAUAAAAAGGUAAAAAAAAAAAUGCUUAAUCUAUAUUUUUUUUUUCUCUCAGAGAUGGCUUCUUGAACAAAACAUACGCUGCCCCAGUAACCUACAACCGCGUAUUGUCUCCUGAAUUCAUUUAGUUGCAAUAAACCAGAGGAACCGGCAUCUGCACGUGCUUUUCUUAAACACAAGUGAAUCUUAUUCGUCGUAAUAUCAUAGAUAGCUUUUAUUAUCAUAUUGAACAGAAUAUUUUAUUAUUUUCUAGUAAUGUAACCUAGUAAUUCGUGGUAAAGGAAUAGUUCACACUCAAAAUUCUAUCAUCAUUAACCUUCAACAUUCACGUUAAUUGUAUGGAUCAAAGAUGCUGUUUAUCUGCACGAAAGUAAGUUAUAGAGAGAAAUGCAGCACUAAAAUCUCAUUUUGGGUGAACUAUCCCUUUAAGGAGUCGCUCUUGCCGUAUCCCUCCCCCAUCCCUGUACGAAUCGGUGCAUAUUUUCAUCAUUUGGUUAUUUGAAAUAAUCAGCGCUUUGAAAAGAACACAAUUGGUUGUUAAACAAAACUAAUAGCUACAGAAAAACAUGUUAACAAUUCAACAACUCGCAGUUCAUGAGUCAAUGACAGGGCGUUUGUUUGCUAUGGUCGGUGUAAUUCCUGGAGCAUAACGCCUGAAAAAUGUCCAGAAUGUUAUGAUAACAGCGAACAAUCUAAAACGAGUGGGCCAUUUGAGGUAUUCAGAGCUUUAUAUUAUUGUGGUUAAUUUGAUGGUUAAUUUAUUCUGAAUAAAUUAUUUUUGAAAAUCCA